GAACAACAACACGGCUACUUUUUCAAUCACCUAGGUAGCUUGCUAGCCAACAUAAAACUGAAAGAUUGACGCUUUAGACCAUGUUAAUGUACAUUAGCUAAUCUCAGUGUUUUAAACAAAUUUCGUUUGACGUAUCAAUUUUAAUCUAAUUUCCAAACUUGUUAACGAUUGAUACUGAGCGUAGCACUAGGCUGGUCGCUAAUGCUACCUAACUAGCUAGCUAACAUCCCUGACCAUGAGCUCACUAAAGUACUCCUCCAUUGCUAAUGAAGAGGGGGUCUGUUGUAUGGAGAAAGAAUCUUUCAGAAUGAAAAAGGAGGAAGAGGAGUAUGUUAAAGUGAAAGAAGAGAAAGAACCUUUUAGAGAGGAAGAGGAUGCUAUCUCAAUAAAGGUGAAGGAGGAAGACGUGUUGGCAGUGAAAGAGGAGGAGACAGAAUAUCAGAUUAACACCAGAGAGAGACAUGACUAUCGUGGAUCCUCUGGGGAGCCUCAACAACAUCCUGAUGCUGACGAGGCAGAGAAGAGUCUCUCCAGAUCAGAACACCAGAUGGACAACGCUAGCCCUUCCUCCCUCCCGGAGUACCCGUGUCAUGCCUCUCCCGGUAGCGCCUUACUGCUGGGUAUGAAGAAGUUGUCUGUGCUGCUGGUGGACUGCAGGAAAACAACGGGGCUGAAUGGAACUGUGAGCGGAGGAGAACGGAAGAAAGGAUCAGAUUUGACACAUCAAAGAGAAAGACCAGACUCGCAGGAACCAGAGCCAGAGACGUCCAAACCAUCAAGACGACACCUGUGCUCCCACUGUGGAAAGUGUUGUAACCAGUUACGGGACCUGAAACAACAUGAGAGAAUACAUACAGGAGAAAAGCCAUACCACUGCUCCCAGUGUGGAAAGAGUUUUAACCAGAAAGGAUACCUGAUACAACAUGCAAGAAUACACACAGGGGAGAAACUUUACCACUGCUCCAAGUGUGGGAGGGGUUGUAACCAGUUAAGAAACCUGAAAAUACAUGAAAGAAUACAUACAGGAGAAAAGCCGUAUCACUGCUCCGAGUGUGGAAAGAGUUUUACCCACUUAUGUGGCCUAAAAACACACAAGAGAAUACACACAGGGGAGAAGGCUUACCACUGCUCCCUGUGCGGAAAGGGUUUUAACCUGUUAGGGGACCUGAAACGACAUGAGAGAAUACACACAGGGGAGAAGCCUUACAACUGCGCCCAGUGUGGAACGAGUUUUACUCACUUAUGUAGCCUGAAAACACAUGAGAGAAUACACACAGGGGAGAAGCCUUACCACUGCUCCCAGUGUGGAAAGGGUUUUAACCAGGUGGGGGCCCUGAAACGACAUGAGAGAAUACACACAGGGGAAAAGCCUUACAACUGCUCCCAGUGUGGAAAGAGUUUUGCCCAGUUAUGGAACUUGAAAACACAUGAGAGAAUACACACACAGGGGAGACGCCUUAACACUGCUCCCAGUGUGGAAAUAGUUUUACCCAGUUAUUGCACCUGAAAGGCCACACGGGAGAAGCCUUAUUGCUGCUCCCAGUGCGGAAAGUGUUUUACAGCGUUAAAUGAUAUGUGAGAACACACAGGAGAAGCCUUUGAGUUUUAAUCAGUUAGGUAACAUGAGAACACAUGAGAUAAAACACACAGGAGAUAAGGAUGUAGGCUGCUGCUGAACAAUAGGACAGGUUCAGGCCCAAUACAUGGUGGGACAGUAGUCCCCAGAGACUCUUAAUGUGUAUUGACUUUCCAGUGUUUUCCCUAUUUGUUUGCUGACUUCACAAAAUAAAUGUCCAU